GCAGCAGGCUGAGUAACCACUUCCAAAACACAUCCAUGUUUCAAGAGCGUUUAGCUAAAAUUAAGAAAACGCUCUGGUAGUUUUAGGAUGAAUACCAAUUUGAAGCACUGGAAGGAGGCGGCCACCCUUAUUUUAGCCGCAGGCCACAGGCUUGGUGCAGACUGUUUAUCGGCGAGGACACCGCCGCUAGCCGCCCCGGGUUCGCCGCUGGGCAGCAGCUACGGACGGUCACACCUGCCGCACAAGUCCUGCUUCGAUUACGACGUUUUACUGCUUAAGCGAAGCAGCAAAAGUGGAUUCAUGCCUAAUGCGUAUGUGUUUCCCGGCGGUAUGGUGGACUCUUCGGACUUUUCGAGUGAAUGGCUGGACAUUUUUAAAUCUUUCAGGAACUUUCCUAAUUUUGGUUUGAGAAGCGUCACCCAGCCGGUGGAGACUAGACCUCCGAUGUUCGCCACAGACCGACUGAAACUGGGCUCUCCCAUCCCGGGAGAGGUCGCCUUCCGGAUCUGCGCCUUGAGGGAGACGUUUGAGGAGUCCGGUGUGCUCCUGGUUGUGUCUAAAGUGGAAGAGAAAAGUUUGUUGAAAAGCAUAGAGGACAGGCGUGCCACUGAUCAAGUACCACACAACAAUGUAAGCGAUAUGUGCGGUCGUGAACUCACCAAGUGGAGGGCUCUGGUGAACCAGAACCCCUCCAACUUCAUCAGGAUGUGCAGAGAGUUGGAGGUGUUGCCCAACAUCUGGGCUUUACAUGAGUGGGGCAACUGGCUGACUCCCACAGGCCGAUACGGUAUGACGAGGUUUGACACAGCUUUCUUCAUCUGCUGCUUGCAGGAGAUCCCCCACACACUUCAAGAUGAGAAGGAAAUAGUGCGCUUUCAGUGGUCCACACCCUCAGAGGUCCUCCAGAGCUACCAGGCACGGGAGUUGUGGAUCGCCCCUCCACAGUUCUACGAGCUCAGCCGCAUGUGCCGCCUCCCUUUGCUAUAUGACCUCCACAACUUCUCCAGCCAGCGUGCCACAGAGGGCUGCGAACAGUGGCUGCCUGUUGUUUCCCUAAAAGAUGAACACUACAUAUCACUGCUGCCAGGUGACAAACGCUACCCGUUGGACACUUCAGGAGAGGCUGAGGUGGGUGCGAGCGCAGACCCUCAGCUGGAGGAUCCUCAGGACGACUCUGCACUGCACCGCAUAGUGAUCGUAGAUCCCUCCACUAUAACUCUACAGAUCACCAUCACACCCAAGUACAAACAUCUGCUCCCUGUUGUAGAGCAAACGUUCCCACUUGACUCAAAAAGUCAGCUUUGACUUGCCCUACCUGCUGGACAAGCCCCAAAACUCCUCUGUGCACAUGUUAUGAAGCAAGUUCACUACUCUGAUAAUAUCAGAUGGCAACCUCAUGGCAAACUAGUUAGUUUAGAAUUCAUUAAUGUUAUUAUGAAUUCACACAGUUAAUUCAGAAGACGUAUUUGUACCACAGACUCCUAUCUCAUAGCUGUCUGCUCACCCUUGCUUUUUUUGUGGAAGAGUUUUUACUCCGAUAGAGGAGGUUAAGUAAAAGUGAAUGGUGCAACACAGCUAUAAGCUGUGUCUCCGUCCCCUCAAAGGUCAAUGCUGUCUCAAGACAGCUUGCUGUUGUUUAACAGAGCACAUUUGCCUGUCAAAGUUCACCGAGGUUGAACUCUAUGUGGAACAUUCUCGUGGAUUCAUUUCGCCUCCUCGUGCCGAUCCUCUGACCGCGGCGAUCCCACUGGAAUUCAUUUUGCUGCAAAAUGUUACUGUUUUGUCAUCCUGGCGUGUCCAGGCCUUAAAGCUGUGACAUUGUGACACAUGUACAAUACCAGGACUCAGCUAAACGGAAUUCCGCCAUCAUUAAUUUUACCCAUGCUUUUCCUACUGUGACAUGUCAAAAUGUAUUCAGUGGAAAAGGCUUAUUGUGUCCUUGUCAAUGGCAAACAAGACCUCUUUUCUUUGGGGAAUACUCCUGGUCUUAACCAGACUGUAUUAAUGACUCCAUGUCCAUGUUAUGUCAGAAUCCUUGUCAUCAGACCUAGAGAGAUUUUAAAUUAAUUUAGUUUGAUUUAUUGGGCUCUCCAUUAGCUUGGGCCGUAGCCACAGCUAUUCUUCCUGGAGUCCGUACAGAGAUCUGUCCCUCCAGAGUUUUGUUCGAUCAGUGGAGUUAAUUUCUUAUGAAAUGUGCAGAUUACAACAAAUAUGACAUUUAAA